CCCGUCAAGCAUCGCACUUAGUAUUAUAGAUCUGCCCUAGCUGGGUAAUUCUUCUGCAUACAGGGUACAGGCACGAGGUCAACGUCCUGGUUGAUCCUCACCGCAGUUUAGGGCAGCGAGAGAAAGCUUAUGUGAGACUUGGCUGACUCCUUGCGAACUGUGUCCAGCUUCAGUCAGCUGGAGUGAACUCAGGUCUUAUAAGAAGAUGGCAUCCGGUUUUUGGGGUGUCACUGGCUUCUUCAUCGCGCUGGAGGUCAUAUUUGCACUCAGUGUUGCCUUCACAGGAGGAAAGAAGGACGAAAAGCAGUUGAGACAUCUAUUGUGUCUCCUGGCCGUCGUCUGCUGCUGGUUACUGUGGUGCUUUGUGUACAUCGCGCAAAUGCAUCCCCUUAUUCGUCCAGUGCUGCAAAACGUCUGAUUACUGGUCUGGAAUGCCCUGGAACUUGUCCCUGCGAAGCUUUUCACCGUGUCUCAGUGAUUUACCAGAGUCACUGGUCAGCUUAGUUGGUGUCACUUCAUAAAUACCGGUGGAUAAAUGAUGUCAAGUGUAUGUGCAGUAGCAUCAGAGUGGUCAGCAGCCCUUGACAUGGGCCCCUGUGCGUCUGUAACGGUUUAAAACGUU